CCAGACGCGCCAUUGGUCGGCUCUGCAGGUUGCAGCUCUGCACACAGGCUCACUCACAGAGCUUUUCGUGCACAGACUUAGAAAAGAAAAAGAAAGCUCAAGAAAACGAAAGCCGAUGAGUGCGACCCAUUCUAGAAGUCGGACUUGUUUUUUUAUGAAGAAUGACGAACGCGUCCGCCGCGGCUCGGCUCGGCUCGGCUCGUCCAAACGGCUCACAACUUCUUAUAAAGAUUUAGGUGGAGCCGGUCUGGAGGAUGAGGAGUUUCUGGACAUAUUGGAGGAGAGAAGGCAGUCCAGUGAUCUGGGUUUUGCCUUCAGGACCUUUAACCCCAGUCCGUACAAUGCCGCCCCCCCCAGCUCCACGGCUGAGCUCAACCGGGCCGUCCUGGAGUCCCAGUAUCUGCGCUACAUGGUCAAAGAGAUAGCCACAGAAACCGGGUCGCCUGUGGAGCAGGUGAGGGAAGAGGCGUGCGGGAUACUGAACGAAAUGUCUCAAAACCUCCAGCUGGGGUUUAUCAGGCUGAUGAGCUACACACUCAGCAAGGUGUUCAAGAGACUCUUCAGCAGUAUAUUUGUCAACAUGGAGGGACUCAACAUGCUACAACAAGCUGCCCAGGAGUGUCCGGUGAUCCUGAUGCCCAAUCACCGGAGCUACGUGGACUUCCUGGUUAUCUCCUACAUCCUGUACAGCUACGACAUUCCGAUCCCUGUCAUUGCUGCUGGAAUUCGCAACUCUGGCAGGGAUGAAGAUCGUGGGGGAGAUUCUGCGUCGCUCUGGGGCCUUUUUUAUCCGACGCGCCAUCGGCUCCGACAAACUCUACUGGGCCGUGCUGUCGGAAUACGUCCGAAUGAUUGUCAGAAGUGGCAGUCUAACAGCUUAUGUCUCAUGCAGAGGGGGUUUGCUCCUCUGGAGUUUUAUGUGGAGGGUUUCAGAAGUCGCACGCUGAAGUCUCUCAUCCCAAAGUUUGGUAUGAUGCACAUGGUGCUGGAGCCCUUCUUUAAAGGUGAAGUGUAUGACAUUGCCCUGGUGCCCAUCAGCAUCAGCUAUGAGCGAGUGCUGGAAGAGUCCCUGCUUGCACAUGAGUUGCUGGGAGUCCCCAAGCCCAGAGAAAGCACCAUGGGCCUGCUGAAGGCCAGCAGAGUUCUGAAGGACAAUUAUGGCUGCAUGCACGUGAACUUUGGCCGUCCCUUGUCGGUCAGGCAGCUCUGUGAGGGCAAGAUAAAUCGCAGCCAGUACAACCUCAUACCCAGAGAUCUCCCUCAGAAGCCCACUGCGGAGGCCCAGGCCUGCGUGAGCUGGCUGGCUCAUUUGAUUGUGCGAGUUCAAGAGGAGGGCUCUCUGAUCAGCCCCUGGUCUCUGAUGGCCUCCCUGUUGCUCCAGGUUCCAGCCACAGUCUUGGCACAGGAGGGCCUGCUUUGGGAUCAACUUACAGAAAGAAUCCUCUGGCUCAGGAAGCUGGUGCUGGACUUUGGGGGUCGUCUGAACUGGCCUGAAGGUGUCCCCGAGUCGGAGGUGAUGUCGUCCACGGCGGCCCUCCACCGCUCCGUCGUUCGCCGCAGAGCGGGGCGUGUCCACCUGGUCGAGGACGACCAGCCCGAGAGGAAGCACCCGGGCAGCCCCGAGGAGGCUGUGAUGAGGACGGCAUCCGCAGCUCUGAUGCUGGCGUCCUACAGGAAUCAGGCCCUGCACGUCUUUGUGCGUCCGGCCCUGCUGGCUACUGCCAUGCGCCUCACAAAAAGCCGGCAGAAAGGUGAGCUCCUCUCCUUGUUCUGCUUCCUACAGGACGUUUUCUCCAACGAAUUCAUCUUCAUCCCUGACAGGUCAUCUCAGGACUUUGAGGAGGCGUGCUGCCUCCUGAAGAAGUGUGGAGCCGUUUGCAUCAGCGAAGAGGAGCUGACUGUUUCGGACACAGGAGUGGAGGUGUUAUCCUUCCUUCAGGAACUGAUGAAACCCUUCAUAGACUCUUAUCAGCUGAUGCUCAGAUACCUCUGUGAGGAAGGAGAUCCUGUUUUCUCAGAGAAAGAGUUCCUGCCUGCUGUGCGAAACCUGGCCACAAAGCUCAUCCUCUCAGGUGAACUCCACACUUACGAAGCCCUCUCAUCGGACACCCAGAAGAACGUUUUGGCGGCGCUGCGGAGAAUGGAGGCUUUGACAAAGCUGAGCUCUGACAGUAAAUACAGAGUGAACAAAGCAUCUGUGAGAAGAAGUGAAGAGAUCCUCUCUGGAAAAAUCCCUCCGCAAAAUCUCCAGGCCACGCCCGACGCCAGGCUGUAGUCUCAGCCGGGGCAGAUCCGUCCACAAGUGGUGCCUCGCAGUCAGGUUUUCUCCUCUUAGAGGAACCUAUCUCGGCCUUUUCUUCAUUGUUUUUGUCCCUCUGUUCUUUGGCAACUGUUCUGCCUUCACUGAGCCACCUCGAUUCUUAUAGGUCAUUGGUCAGAUUUAAUCGGACUUUCUACCACUCGUGCACGUUGGCUAGCUUUGUGCCCUGGCUCUCCCAGCUCAGAGAGCUAAGGCGUAAAGCUAAACCACCCUGACAUGGUGACCUGAAUCUGGCAGCGUUACUUGUUUUUUUUGUUAUUGGCUUAGUGAAAAUGGGUACAUAAACAAGAAGAUAGUACCACUGAAGGACAGCAUUUUUUAAAGAACAUAAAAAAAAACUUGGAAACAUAAAGAGGUAUAAAUAAAAGAUACAGGUAAAGAAGGUGGAAAUAGGUUAACUGUAUGGUCACUAUGGAUGCCAUAGAUACUUAUUUUUCUAACUUAAUCUUUUAACAAAAUAUAGAUUUGUAUGAAGAAAUUCAGGAACAGCUAUUUUUUUCUGUUAAUCAAAACAUUUUCAAGUUAUUUCUUAAUUCCAUACAUUUUUUCAAAUAUCAAAGCUGAAAUAAUACUGGAAAGAAUUAACAUACAAUAGCAGGAAAAAUGAAUUAAGUGCAUCUUUUUGGAAUUCAGAAUCAAACAUUGGAAGACUUUUAUAUACAUAGUAUUUUUUACUUGUGUGUAAGUAAGUAAAAGAAAAGGUUGAGGAAAACAUACAUUCUAAUUAUUCUUCCCUUGUCUUUCUAUUUGGACAUUUUUCUUUACAUACAUUUGUUUAGACCUCUUUCUUUCCAUAUUUGUUUAGUUCUUUUUCUGUUUUUAUUUUUGACCCACUGACCUUAAUAUGAUGAAACAAUAGCUGAUUAAUGUGAUUACCUCUAACUACUGUUUUAAAUGGAUUUGAUCCUUUUCAAGGUUUGUGUUAGAUUUGUUGUUGAUUCUGUGAAUGAACAUGCCUGCACUUUAAAGACACUUGAUCCCUUGCAGCUGAAAUGAGCAAAAACUGAAUUAUGGCCCUUGGGUUGUUCAUGAAUGUUGCAAUCCAGAGUUUAAAAAACAUUAAAUGGCAUGAAUGAUGUCACAUUUUGGUUGAGACUUUUUUUAUUCUUUUUUAUUUCUUUACAUUUCAAUAAAUGCAAAACAGAUGUAAGAAAACCAAGGCUGGAUCGUUUUACCUUUACGGUGUUUAAAUACAUUUUUCUUCGAUUUCAGUUGGUUCUAUUUCCCUCAACAGAGUAAAACCAGAGGUAAAAGUUCAGCCUCUUGUCAGAUCUGCCCCCCAAUCAGCUGAACCUCUAUCCCGUCAGCAGUCAGAAGAAGGCCUCUCAUGUGCCAGUUGACCGUGGGUUAGGGUUAGUCUGGUGGACGGCGCCUAUCUGUACACGGGAGGCACGUCGACCUUGAUGCGUAGCGCGCUGACGGGGUCCUGGCAGAAAACCGAGAUGUACUCCAGCACUUUGGAGUUCAGCUUUUUCUCGCUCUCCUUGGCUCGGAGCCUCUCUUUGUCCCAUCGCUCCUUCUCGCCGUUCAUCUGGGAGAAGAGGUUGACCUGGAUGGUGCGCAGCGUGGCCGCCAGGACGUAGAAGCCCCCCUGCAGCAUGUGGCUGAAGGCGGCGCCCACGCUGAGCGCCGCGCCCAUCAGGUUGGGCACCGUCUCGCACACCACGCACACGCCCUCCAGGAAGUGCAGCGUGCUCUUCUUGGCCAGCGGCUGGCCCGGGCUGCUGUAGCCGGGCGGGGGCGGGCUCUGCUGGGCAUGGCUGAACAGGUGCCGCGCGCAGUCGAAGAAGUGCGAGGCGGCCCGGCGGAGCGGGAGCAGGGCCAGGUACAAGUGGCAAGCGGCUUUGGUCAGGGCGUGGAAGAGCAGCCGCAGCUCAAGCACGGCAUUGCCUGUCUAUAAAGCAGAAAAUCCACAGCAGCGCAAUACACGCAGCCAGCGACGUCCACCAGUCCAUGAGGCCUCCCCCCUGUCCCGUCCCGGACCCUGCAGCGAACAGAAGGACAGCUGAGAAGAUGAGCUAUGACCUGGCCCAGC